UUCAUAGCUAGCUCCCUCACAUUGUCAAUCAGCCAGCCACGGUCAUUCCCUUUGUCCGUAGGCGCCAUGGGGUGCACCACCUCCCGGCAAGCACGGCACGACCUCCGGUACUGCCCGUCGCCGCUCGCGCUGCCACGCAGCCAGUCGUUCCCCGCUCGGUGCCCCAGUGAUGCUGGUGUCCACGUGGUGCGGCUCACGUCGUCCACGCUCGGCUCCCUCGAGCUCGACAAUGCUGUGCCGCGGGCGCCGGAGGCCGCCGCCGCGCGCGCGCCCACGAGGCUGGCGCCGCGCACGCCGACCAUGACGCCGCCCAACGAACCCGAGGCCAUCGACGCGUGGGCGCUCAUGGCCGGCCUCGAGGAGCACUCGCCGCUGCUGGCCGCGCCGUUCGGGCGCCACUCGUUCUCGUUCCCGAUCGCCACGGUGCCGCAGGAGCUCACGGCGUCCUCCAAGGUGACACCUCUGCCCAUGCCUCAGCCUCACGCGGUCGUGAACGGCGGCGAGGAGAAAGCGAGGAAGGCGCCGCGUAGGGCCGUCCUCUACUUCACGUCGCUGCGCGGCGUGCGCGCCACGUACGAGGACUGCUGCCUCGCCCGCGCCAUCCUUAAGGGCUACGGCGUGCGCGUCGACGAGUGCGACGUGUCCAUGCACCGCGGCUUCCGCGACGAGUUGAACGGCCUCCUCGGCCUCAGGGGCGGCGGUGCCCUCGCCAAGUGCUGGGCGCCUGCCGCGCCCGCCCUCCCCAGCCUGUUCGUGGACGGGGAGCUCGUGGGCAACGCAGACGAGCUGAAGCGGCUGCACGAGGCCGGGGAGCUCGCGGCGAGGCUGACCGGGUGCGAGAGCGCGGCGGCCGGCGAGGCCAGCGCAUGCGAGGCCUGUGGGGACGUGCGGUUCGUGCUCUGCGAGGUGUGCUCCGGCAGCUGCAAGGUGUACGUGGACGAGGAAUGUGAGCAGGAGGAAGACGACGCGUCGUACCACUGCGGCGGCUCCGGGUUCCGGCGAUGCACGGAGUGCAACGAGAACGGCAUCUUGAGGUGCCCCGUGUGCUGCUGCUGAGAUGUUUGCGGUUUUGGAUACGCGACGUGACGUGCAGAGUAUUUUUUUUUUCUUGCGUGCGCCACUUUAAGGGGAUGCUAGCUCCCCUGUGAUUUGUGAAUGAUCUUGUAUUGUUGCGUGACCAACGGUGCACGAGGAUCGUGCUGUCUCUGUUUGGCUUUCAGAGUGCUGCAUUAAGAGAUGCCAAUGCUUCAGUGGU